GUAGUAGUAAGUCGCCGCUCGGAUCGUUUCAGCUCCGAUCGCUCAGACAGAUGCGGGUGCCGUCUUCCAUAUUCCGUCUCCGGUUUCCUGUGGGCCGUGCCGGGUGAUAAUCACACCGAUUGUCGGUGGGCGUGCAACAAGGCAAACAUUUUUAGCGCGAAAUCUCGUUAUGGAAAAUUGUUGCGCCGGCGCAUGGAAAAUCCUUUGGUAAAAAUAUUUGACCACAAAACGUGACGAAGUUUAAACAACAGCCCAAGGGGCGCCCGGAAUACCCCAAAAGAGUUGACUGUGACACAUUUAUGUGGUCGCAUAAACAAGGUUGACGCCUACGAAAAUGUCGAACGAGCCCAAAUGCAAACGCGCUAACAAAUUAUAAAUUUAACGCUUGCUUAGCAUGCGACUCAGCGAUCGUAUGUGUAUGUGUAUUUGUGUGUGUGUGUGAAUGCCAGAUGCCCGAUCUGUGAUCUACGGUCCUCGCUCUACGAUCUCAUCAUCAGCCAUAGACCACAUGUGUCUCGUGGAACGCCCCUCAUAAUGAGCGCAACGGAUCUGAUCGAAACUGUGGAUUACUAUCCAAUCGAUCGAGUUAUUCCCAACUGAGCUUUGCACGCGUCAGAAUGACGCACGUGUUGCAUGCGUGUGUCGAGCUCAGUUUGUAUGAAAAACGCGCCGGACACGGACACGUACGUUUAUCAGCGCGGAUCAUUGAAAACUUCUUGGCGAGUGCGCUUUCCAGGCAAAGUUUCUACAAACUGAACAAGGCUUGGCUUAGCUUGCGCUGCUUACACUCUCCUGUGUGUAUUGUGGACGUUGGCUAUCAUGACAAAGACUAGCAAGUCCAAGGAGAAGGACAAGAACAGUGCGUUGCCUAGAGUGCCCAGCAAUUUGUUGGCGAGUGCUGCCAAAAUGAAGAUCACCAAAGCGCUGUCAAAUGCCAAGAAGCAAUCUGUGCAAAAGGGCUCAGGGGGCGACCAGGCAACAGGAUCAAAUACUGCAGCAGCCACAGCCACAGCCACAGGCACGGGCACAGCCACGACCACAACUACAGCCAUAGCAUACGGCCAAGCGCAACAGGCGGUCGCUAUGAAAGAGACGACAAUAUCGGCGCAGGAGAACGGCGACAGCGGCGAAGCGCACAAGCAGCAGCAGCAGCGUCAACAACAACAACAACAACAACAGCAGCAAGCAGCGACGUCGACGUCGCCGUUGUCGCCGCUUGCCACAGCGAAUUUAUCGUCGACAUUUGAGUCGAAGGCUCACACAUCAGUUGCCAGCGAAACAGCGAAGCAAACGGUUACUACCGCAACAACAGCAACAGCAACAGCUACAGCAGCCGUAACAACAACAAUCGCAAAUAUUUUAGUUUAUGAUGAGAACAGCGUAAGGCAACAGCAACAGCAACAACAACAACAGCAGCAGCACGCCAGCAAUUGUGACGUCACAAAUACUAAAGUUGUUGCAGGCGAAACAGCUAAUUGCAAUCAAGAUAAAGUCGAGCCUAAGACCGAAAGCGAAACGAAGCUAGACACAUCAUCAACAGCAGCAGCAAUAACAAUAACAACAAGCGAUAAAUAUUACAAAAUUGUUGAUAAGUGCAAAAGUGAGAUAAGUGAUGAAAACGCAGCAACAACAAACGCUGAAAUUUUGCCGGUAGUAGUGAUAAAUAGUAAUCAGCAAAGCGACGCAAGUGAAAGUGUUGACAACAAAAUCAAAAGUGAAUCAAAUGAGCAAGAACAAACUGCAACAGCAACAUUGACAACAGCAACAACUGCCGAAUUGCCGCUACAUUAUCGCGGCCUAAACAACUCGGUGAUCAUAGCCAACUAUGCUCAUCAGCAACAACAGCAGCAGCAGCAACAGCAACAGCAACAACAGCAAGCAGAGCAACAGCAAAUCUACGAGCAGCAACAGUUUCUGCAACAGCAAUUGCUAACCCAACAGCAACACCACCAGCAGCAACAGGAGCAACAGCUGCAACACGCCAAUUGGUUAGCGUACAACAAUUGUGCCUACGACUUAACUAGCAACAGUGCAACAGCAGCGGCAGCAGCAGCGGCGGCGGCAGCAGCAACACAACAGGAUAAAAGCGAGUUUUAUGCAUUGGCGGCCUCACAGCAAUUGCUCGCACAUCUACCCUAUCAUCAUACACAUUUGUACGAGCAGCAGCUGCAGCAGCAGCAACAUCACAUUAGCAACAGCAGCAACAGCACGGAUUCCAUAAUGCGCAACAAUUUUACGCUUUACAGCGCUUAUGGCGGCGGCGGAGGUGGUGGUGGUGGCGGUGGCGUUGGCAGUCCCACCACACACGAGCAACAUCAGCUGCAGCAACACGUUGCUGCGGUGGCAGCAGCAGCCGCCAAUUCGGUAAUCGCGCACACAACACACACAACGCCAAAUAUUGACGAAGUUAUACAGGAUACGCUGAAGGACGAGUGCUUCGAUGAUAAUCACAGCUCCAGCUACCACAUGCUGACCGCUGUCUCCGAUAUUCACGUUCUCAAGGAGGGCAAUCCAAAUCUUUACUCUAUGACGCACGACCAGUUGAUGCAACAGCAACAUCUGCAUCAGCAACACCAGCAUCUGCACCAGCAGCAGCAUCAUCAGCAUCAUCAUCACAACAAUUCGGCCAGUUCGGUGGGUGGCGAUUCGCCGUCGCCCUCCCACACGCUCGCCACACAUGCCAGCGAUGUGGCAACGCUGCAAAGCUUCACACAACUAACGAGCGCGCAGCCCAGCAGCGGACUGCAUCGCGAUAGCUACGGCAGCCUCUCGCCGGAGCACGGCAACUACUUUACCACACAGCUCAGCCCGGUGCUGCAAAGCAGCUCUGUCUAUGCAAGUCCAUUACUCGCUUCGGCCGCCAAUGGCAUGCAGUAUGGCAUGCAAACAAUUUCCUCGCCCACUCACACACACGCCCAGCUGCAGCAACAACAUCACCAACACCAGCAACAGCAGCAUCAGCAACAUCAGCAGCAGCAGCAGCAGCAGCAACAACAACAGCAACAACAUCAUCAACAUCACAACUCAUCGAGCAACAGUCCUGGUCCAGUGGGUCUGCACCACACUGGCAACUCCACGCUGCUGGACGAUGGCUACGGCUCGCCCAAGAGUAGCCACAGCGGCAAUGGCAACGGCGGCGGUGGUACUUUGCCCGCCUUUCAGCGCAUUGCGCCGGCCAGCGGUGGUGCGGGCUAUGGCAACGGCGUGGCCAAUGGCUCUGGCAGUGGGGCCGAACGGGCUGGAUACGCAUCGCUAGGCAAUUAUCGCACACACGGCGAUGCCUGGAGUGGUCAUUACGAACCAAUUAGCUACGCGCCCACAACCGCCGGCCAGGGCCAGCUGGGUGGUGCAGCGGUGACCAAUGUGAUACGCAACGGACGCGCCGUUUCUGCCGCGGCGGCAGCAGCAGCCGCUGUCGAUGGUGCUGCCAGCGCUGUUGAUCCUGCGCGCUUCCUAGCCAAUGCCACUCAUCUGUCCGCCUCGGCAUCGCUAACAGCAAUGGCCGCUGAAUCAGGCGGGGAUUUCUAUAAGACCUUCCCAUUUAAUGUGACCGCCGGUAGCCGCAGUAAAAGCUCAACAAAUGCCAACAGCGCUGCCGGCGUCGGCGCUGGCGUCGGCGCUAGCGCAGGCUCAACGUCGGCGACGACGUCCUCAGUGACUUCAACGGCGCUCGACGAGCAAGUUAGUCGCGCUAAUUCGAGACGCUUGAGCGCCUCCCGAAGAGCUGGCAUGUCCUGCUCCAAUUGCCAGACGAGCUACACAUCGCUAUGGCGCCGUAAUCCUGGCGGCGAGCCCGUCUGCAAUGCCUGCGGCCUUUACUUCAAGUUGCACAGCGUGGUCCGUCCGUUGACCAUGAAGAAGGACACCAUACAGAAACGCAAGCGCAAGCCGAAGGGUACUAAAAGCGAAAAGUCAAAGAAGAUGAGAGCCUCGCAGGCAGCUGGAUUGGUGGCUAGCAAUGCCAAUGCCUGUCACAACGUAAGCAUGCAGCUGGAGGCGCAUGGGCAGCAGCAAAUGGAUGUCACUGAUGGAGAAAUGAAAUCAAUUGCUUAUAUGUCAUACGCAUCGCAGCAACAGCUACAACAGCAGCAACAACUAAACACUGAGCUACAUUCAUCUGCGGCCAGCUCGCCGCAAAGCAUGGCAUCCUCCUCAUUAUCACCUAAUGCUGCAUCCCAACAUCAACAACAACAGCAGCAGCAGCAGCAACAGCAGCAGCAGCAGCAGCUAUGCUCUGGGCUGGACAUGUCGCCCACAUCAUCCUAUCAAAUGUCGCCCAUUAAUAUGCAGCAACAGCAGCAAUCAUGCAGCAUGCAGCAUUCACCUAGCACGCCUACAUCAGCCAUGUCUCAGUCCAUUUACUCCACGCCAUCGCCAACACAGCUUCAUAAUAGUAGCAACAGCAGCAACAACAACAACAACAACAGCAACAGCCACAACAAUAACAACUCAUUAUUUAAUCAUAACAAUAACAGCAUUAAUAGCAGCAAUGAAAAUAACAAACAAAUUAUUCAGAAAUAUCUGCAAGCUCAACAAUUGAGCAACAGCAGCAGCGAUCAUCAAUUGUUGGCACAUCAGCAACUUAUGCACCUGAUGCCGAACUCCAUUACGGCGGCAGCAGCAGCUGUAGCAGCAGCAACGGCGGCGGCGGCGGCAAUCAGCACAGCGAUCAAAUCGGAGGCGGUCACCAACAGCACCACCAACACCACCACCAGCAGCAAGCAAUUGGCUGCCACAACAACAACAACACAGACCACGGCAUCGAACGCACUAUCCUCUCUGAGCAACAGCAGCAGCAACAUUAUCAGCCUCCAAAAUCCCUAUCAACAGCAGGCGCUUGGUCAGACGGAGAUGCCCUUGUGUAAGUCGGCACUGAGUGGUCGUACCACGUCGCCCUACUAUAUAGGUCACAUAGCCGAGGAGGAGCAACCGACUAUCAUAAAACUGGAGCAGUUGGAUCACCACCAGCAACAGCAACAGCAACAGCAACAGCAGCAACAUCAACAACAGCAGCGGCAGCAACACGAUGAUAUGUUGCUCAGCCGUUCAACGUCCAUCGAUGAGCAUUAUGAAUUGGCCGCAUAUCAUCGUCAGCAGCAGCAGCAACAGCAACAGCAACAGCAGCAGCAACAGCAGCAACAGCAGCACGCACAGCAGCAACAUGUUGCACUUAGCCAGCACGAGCAACAGAUUGCCAGCUAUGCACUGCACGCAGCCGCACAACAGCAACUCCAUGAAUUUGGUCGUAAAUAUGGCGUUGAGCGCGAGACAAUUGUUAAGAUGGAAUAAUGCCAGCCGAUUCCUAUUAGACCUGACCAAAGAUAUUCUUGUUAUACACACAUCUCACAGCUCCCAAAGAAACUGAAAUCCAUUUUUAGGCUAGGCAUUCGAAUUGCGUAUACCAAAAGUUCUCUAAGAAUUUGCAACCAACAGCACAACACUGACACAGAACGCACACACACACAAGUUUUGUAUAUAAUUUAAGCAAAUCGAUGCGACAUUUCCCCAAGCUAUGGAAAUGCUCCAAACUACUCGAGUUCUGUUAUUGUAAAAUUUAGUUUAAUUUUUUUUUAGCGAAAUGUCGCCAGCAGCAUAAACCUGAAUUGUUGUUGGAUUUUUGUUAUUAUAUACCCCCAAUACUAUUCUCGAUUAUGAAUAUGAAUAACUCUUGAGAUUUCUUAUCAUCAAAUUCCACAUAGUCUUUAAGUUAAUUUUAUGCAUCAGCAAUAAUGAAAAUAUA